AUGAAGCUUAUUUCACUGCUGCUUGGCUGCCUGUUAGCCUUCCUCAUCAUAUCAUGCAACGCCAACCAAAUUGAAAACCUCAACAAGUUGCUCAGGUCUCGUAAAUCUGCAAAUCCUCCUCAUCCCAAGUCAUGGGAGAGCUUGGAUGUUGCAGAUGGCCAAGUUUCUGCUUUGUAUGUUGGAGCCCAAGAUGGGUUGAAGGAAGCUGAUAAGAUUGGUGCUUUGCCAGGCCAGCCUCAAGGAGUAGACUUUGAUCAGUACGCAGGCUAUGUUACGGUGGACCCUCAGGCUGGAAGAGCACUGUUUUAUUACUUUGUAGAGUCGCCUCAGGAUUCUUCAACUAAACCUUUGCUUCUGUGGUUAAAUGGAGGACCAGGAUGUUCGUCAUUCGGAUAUGGAGCCAUGAAGAACUUGGACCCUUCAGAGUGA